GGCGGCGGUGGUGGUGGUGGUGAUUGGCCCAUCAACCUCGGUUCGGCUGUUGGUAGUUAGAGAGAGAGGGCGAUCAAGGGAUGUGGACAGGCCUGCUCUGGUCAACUCCUACUCUGCGAACGAAACAAGCUCCCCGUCUCCAUCACGAGCAACCAACAACAUCAAGAACCCGAACCCCCCGAGCCUGCCAGCCCCAUAGUACACCUAAACGUUCCCAGAAAAUAUAUCCAUCCCCCCCACCCUCCCGUCAAGCACAUCCAACCUAUCCCUCACAUCCCACCCAUCCCCCCGCGCAUUAUCUCCAAUGCUCAGGGUCAUCCCUCACCCACCGAGAACCAUGUUCAACGGCAACAACAACAUGCAGAAUGGCUACAGCCAACCUCAAAAUGUUGCCGCGCCGUACGGACGCCAGGCGCAGCAGCCCGAGCAAACACGCCUGCCGCCACAAGCCAUCUCGCACAUAUACAAGAGCUGCACGAACCUGUUCCUGACGCGCCGGCUGCCCGAAGCUCUCGCCGCGCUGCAGCCUGUCGUGAAUGACCCCUCGGCCUCGAUCCGGCAAUGUCCCCGCGCCCUCCGGAUCAAGUUCUGGGGACUUUACCUCGCGAUCCUCGACGCCGCCGCGAAGAUGACCGUAUCCGAAGGUAAAGCCACCUGGGGCGCGAAGGAGUGGCCGGAGCUCGUCGCAAAGAUCAGGAGCGGCGCGGUGUGGGACGAGGUUAACCGCCAGUAUGGCGACGAGGGAAGGGUCGACGCCGAUGUCGUUGUCACGCUGGCAACUUUACUUCUUUCGCACUCGCCCGAGCAAUCUAUAACCCAAAAGAAGAUCGAGGCGUAUCUCGGCGCUGUGCCCAGCGCGCUCUCGCAGGACGAGGACCCUAAAUCCAUGAUGCAGCGUUCUAAAAUCACGGAACUUUACUGCUUGCACGUUUUGCCACGGGUGGGCGAUUGGGAUUAUGCGAAGGAAUUUACCCAGAUGAGCACGGACAUUGACGAUGAACAGAGGGAGGUGUUCUUUAUGCAUCUGGACAAAUUGAAGGCGGACAUGGAGACGAGAGAACGCGAAACACGCGAGCUAGAGAAGCUGCGCGACCAAGAAAUCGAGGAAGAGGAGGAAAGGCUCGAGCAUGAACAUAGACAGAGGAAGUCGCACUCUCGGGCAGCGUCGGUUUCGAGUAGGACAUCACGGCGACGAGGGAGCUCCGUCAAGCCUGCGGAGCGCUCGGUGGCUAGGGAUGAGACUGCGGCUGCAGCGGAGGCGGCAGUGAAGAAGAGACUGGCCAUUGCAGCGAAGGAAUCCAAGAAGGCCGCCGCCACCGCCGCCGUCGUACCACGAGCAACAGGCAGAACGAAACCGAACACAUCCCUCAUCACGUCGACGACGGCACUCCUGAGCAGGAUGCAGGCUUAUAUGACGACCAACAGCGGACCCUUCUCGAUGCUGCAGACCAUAGUCAUGCUGGCGGUAAUCGCAUGGAUGACCAACAAUAAGAGGAUGCGUGACAAGAUCCGCCGAUUCUUACUUCUGUGCUGGAUCAAGAUCGCAAAAACCGUAGGGAUGGGAAUGAAGGUGACAUACGUGUAGAGGGGCUGUCCGAGGUGGGGAAAGGGUGAGGCGGAAGUGGUGAAGUGGUGAGGUGGUGAGGUUCAUUUCUGCGGGCUACUGGCUGUAAAUUAUUCGCUUUAUUUCUUGCUGUGCUGGUUAUUCUGCAUUUUUGCGAAGCGCAGGUUGUUUUUUUACUUUUCAAUGGAUGUCGAAGGAGUGGCGUUUGCUUAUUAUCAUCAGCUGUACAAGUAGAUAUAGAUACCACCGGUUCUAGUCUCCGAAAAUAUACAUAAUAAUCUCCUUCUAUGUCUUCUCCAUAUCCUUUUCUCUUCCUCC